AUGGAGAGCAGAGGCAUGAUCAACCUCAUCAUGAGGGCCUUGGCCUUCUUUUGGGCCCUCCUCAUCAUGGCGCUUACCGGCAACAUGAUCCACGAGAACAGCGGCAACACGCCCGUCAUCAACUACGACCUCUUCGUCUCCAUCUUCGCCAUGCUCACGCUCCUCUACCUCAUCCCCGCCACCUUGAAAGAGUCGUUCCAGGUCCACCCGCUUCUGCCAUUGAUCUUGGAUAUCUUGAACGUCAUCUUCUGGUUCUGCGCUGCUGUUGCGACAGCGGCGGAGUUGGGCGCGCAUAGCUGCAGCAACCACGACUACCUCGUUUCCAACCGCAUCACUCUCGGCUCGAAGAAGCGCUGCCAGGAGGCUGGUGCAUCUACCACCUUCCUCUUCUUCGGCUUCGCAUCAUUCCUCGUCUCGACCGUCCUCUCUGGUCUUGGCAGCCGUGGCGCCGCCAACACUCGCCCAGGCAUUCGACGCGGCCCAGCUAUGAGCCAGGUUUAA